AUGGGCCGCAAGCCGAAUCAGCUCAUCCUCGAGUUCUUUGAGCGCGGACCCAAGCUCGAGGAUGCCAGCAACCGCUACCAGCACACCUGUCGCUCCUGCGGCGAGAAGUUUCCCAAGGGCCGCAUCGACACGCUGACCGCGCACCUCGUGAAGAAGUGUCCCGCCCUCACGGCCCAGGAUCGCCAGCGCGCCAUCCUACAAUUCCAUGACCUUCCCGUCCCCGAUCUGCCGCCGCCGCAGUCGUCCUCGUCCGCCCAGGGGCCUGCACACCAAGUGACUGCUCCCCAGAAGCAUGGCGCAACCAACCCCAUGACAUUACCCUACGCCGCGCCCAAGGCGGGCAUGUCACGCCUCGAGGCUCUCGCCGAAGUGUCGCGCCAGCGCCUGGAUCUCUCCGGCCAGCGCAUUCCCACGCCCGAUCCGGACCAACUCCCCGAGCGCCGAGGCUCUAUGCGCGACGAUGCUAUGCAAAACCCCGGCCCUGUGUAUGAGGACUUUCUAGUGCAGGACCACGACCCCAAGCCCCCCGCCGACCCCAAUGGUACCGCAGUAGAUGCACCAAUACAUAAUACCGACCCGUCUGGCGGACAACAGCCGCAAUCCAUCUACCAGUACGACCACCUUACCACCGGUUCGCCUCAUUCCGUGGGCACACCCAUACCGGCAGCAUCAUCCACGCCGCCCGCCUCCACCCUCCCACCUGCUUCCACCACUGGAGUCGCCACAACACACCCUCACCCUUCACCCUUGGUUAUGGCUGCGUCGGCUGCUGAAGAGCUGCGCGCCAACAUGCCGAAUGCGAACCACUCCAUGGAGCAGCAUGGCAGCGCAGGCGAAGCCGCCUACAACCCCCAGACCGGACGCACUGGCAUUUGGGCUUCCAUCGACCCAGUAUUACAACUUCAAGACGCCACCCGUGACCACCCGGAACCUCACAGCCCCUCACCCAAUGCUGCUUCUUCCACCUACCACAGGCCCAUCGCGAUCAAUCCAAACGGCCAGCAAGCCCAUUUUACUACCGACUUCAGCAUGAACCCGAAGCCAGCAAAGCCAAAGGUCAGAGGCAGGUUUUCAGACUCUCGACGCAAAGAGGUCCAGGAGGUUAGAAAGCGGGGUGCGUGCAUCAGGUGCCGCAUGUUGAAAAAGCCGUGUUCUGGCGAGAGCCCUUGUAGCACCUGUCAGAACGUCGAGAGCGCGCGACUGUGGAAGCACCCCUGCAUCCGCACGCGCAUUGCAGAAGAGUUCAACCUUUAUUCGGCAGGACUUCACUCUGUCUUGGCAUUCCACUCGAUCAGCUCUGCCAAGGCGAACAUGCACUUCGAACACGUCCCUGGAAGGAUCGAGGCACGGCUGUUGGAUAUCGAGCCCACGAUGUACACAACCUUCACGACACUGAAGGGUCUCCGUGGGGUGAACGGGCCCAUCGAUCCGCAACUGGUUGCUUCAGGCCUGUCCAUGGAAAGCAUGCAAGACAUAGAGAUCAUCGAUCCUGACGUCGAGGACAUCGGUGGCAAGCUCGAGUCCUACAUGAAGAGAAUCGGCCCAACCAUCUACGAGGCAGAGACGUCACCGUUCAUGAAACCUACUCUCUUGAUGGCACACCGCCUGAGCGUCGAGAACAAGGAAGGGAUUGAAAAUAAAGAAAGCUUGUUGUCAAAGGUGCUGGAGCUGUGGGUUGCCACCAGGAUCCUUGCCGAGCCCAGCCUGAAGUUUCAGCUUUUUUUCAAUCACACUCAACCUCCCUUCAAGGACCCUGUCAUCAUGACUCCGCAAGACCUCGAGUCAGUUCCUCAAGCGUCUCGCUUCCCCAUCGAACUGGCAACUCACUCGGAGGCCUACCGGCUUAUCGAUGCGCAGAUACUGGGUGCAAUGGAGAAGAGAGCUGCCAAUCUCAGCAAGUUCGUCAUGAACGAUUUGGAGCGCCGCCUCCUCCAGCGCCAACAAGCCAACCCCUUUGAGACUUUCCUGGUCUCCAUGAUCCUCCUGGCCUGUGUUGAGCGCAUGUGUUGGCUGUUCAAGAGGUGGGAGAAUCCGAUCCAAGUCCCAGCUCGGAAUUACAGCGUGCCACCCCCGGAUUUGAAGACGGAGCUUGAGAGGAGCAUCAACGCUGCUAAUGCCGCCGCGAGCGCUGCGGAGAACGCUCAGAACAAUGUGGACAACAAUGUGCCCAUGCCGGAUGCUCCGCCGCCGCAGGAGACCAGCCCGUCGAUGCAGUCCACCGCGCAGGCAGCAACUGAUGCUGCCAAUGCACUCUUCUCACAACCGCAUCCGAACCGAUGGCCCCUCGACAAACCCCCGGCAUCCUACAGCCAGCAGGGCGAGCGGUUCAGCGACAUUCUCCACAUGUUGCUGAAAAUGCGCGGCGUCCCUCCGAAAACGACCACCGAGCCCAUUACCAACAUUGUGGUUCCGAUCGAUAACAUGACAAACAAUCAGACGACCAAUGCCACGAUCAACCCCAAGUCGGAUGCGCUUGCCAAGGAGUGGUUUGCCGAGGUCAAGAUCACUCCGAUGUACCUCGCCGAGAGACGCAACGCCGUCUUCAUUGGAAACGACCCGCGCGAGUGGGAGUGCUUUUACGUAAGCAAGAUCCUGGUCCACAACGGCAUUGUGGAGGGAACCGGUCGCCUCGUGCCGUGA